CAUAGCUGGAGAAAAUGAUUAAGUACAGAAAUCAGAUAGAACAAACUAAUUACUACUAUACCUAGUAAUUUCUAUCGGGCCUUCCCCAACCAUGAGGGUCUCAAACAGUAUGGCUUGACGUCUGGCCCUUAUACAAACCAAGCCCACUCUUGACAGAACAACUCCGAGAUAAACUCAUUCUUAUCUCAUCUCUCCUCCAGCAUUUGCUUAACUAAAAAUGGCAACUCAAGAAAAGGUUCAAGAUCUUUGGGAACUAUCAGAACAAGACUGCUAUGUCGCUCUGACUCACGAUCAUCUCAAUGCCCAGGCCAUCAUGGACCGGGUGCGCAGCCCCUCAGCUGGCGCAAUCGUGCUAUUUGCGGGCACUACCCGCGAUAACUUCGCAGGAAAGCCAGUGAAGGAGCUACAAUAUACAGCUUAUCACCCCAGAGCUCUCAAAUCCAUGAUGGCUAUUGCAAAGGACGUUCGCGAUAAGCAUGGUCUCCGCGGGGUAGCCAUGAUCCAUCGCCUCGGACCUGUACCUAUCGCAGAAGAGAGCAUCUUAAUCGCCGUCUCAUCUCCUCAUCGACAAGCGGCGUGGCGAGCUGGUGAAGAGGCAUUGGAAGAGUGUAAAUCCAAAGUUGAGGUUUGGAAACGUGAGGAGUUUGAAGGUGAGGAGGGGAUAUGGAGAGCAAACCGAGACGGAGCUAUCGGACAGCGUGAAGAAAGCUGAUGCCAUUUUAUGCAAAUUGGAAAUAAACGCAAUCUUUAGACAAUUCAUCUUAUUGAAAUCAUCAA